GGGAGCUCUGCGUUUACCGCCUUACGUCACUAACUGGAUUUCACUCUGUUGUCCACCCUGACCCACCGCAAAAUCCAGAGGAUGACUGAGGCUCUGGAGGAGGAUUUCGGCCUAUUUGGACACAGACUCCAGUUGGCAGAUAUGGUGAGGCAGAGCAGGGUGGCAGAGUUGCAAGCCUUCCAGCACUCUCUCCAGAGUAACUCUCUGGCCUUUGGCCCGGUAGGGGACAGCUGUGGGGUACAGCAGAAUGUGGUGCCCCCCACUGCCACAGAGGAGAGACAGCGCCUCUCAAAGGGCCCUCCAGAGGUGGAAGCUAGCCAGCCAGUAAGCGUCCCAGACUCAGCCAACCCAAUGGAAGCCACCCAGCCAGUAAGCAUUCCAAACUCAGCCAAACCAAAGAAGAAGAAAAGGAGGUCAAGAGCAACAGACAGCUUUACAGGAAACUUCAGCGACCUGUACAAACUGACAGAUGAACUGCUGGGUCAGGGUGCAUAUGCAAAGGUCCAAGGAUGCAUCAGUCUUCAGAAUGGGAAUGAAUAUGCUGUGAAGAUCAUUGAGAAGAACGCGGGGCACAGUCGCAGCCGAGUCUUCCGUGAAGUGGAGACCCUUUACCAGUGCCAGGGCAACAAGAACAUUCUGGAACUAAUACAGUUUUUUGAAGAUGACUCCUGCUUCUACUUGGUGUUUGAGAAGUUGCGUGGAGGCUCCAUUCUGACUCACAUCCAGAACCGUAAGCACUUUGAUGAGUUGGAGGCCAGCCGUGUGGUCAGGGACAUCUCCAAAGCUCUCCACUUCCUCCACAACAAAGGUAUAGCCCACCGGGACCUAAAGCCAGAGAACAUCCUGUGUGAGUCUACUGACCAGGUGUCUCUGGUGAAAAUCUGUGACUUUGACUUGGGCAGUGGAGUGAAGCUGAGCAGUGCCUGUAUUCCGAUCACCACUCCAGAGCUCACCACACCGUGUGGCUCGGCAGAGUACAUGGCUCCAGAGGUGGUGGAGGUGUUCACAGACGAGGCAUCGUUCUACGACAAGCGUUGUGACCUCUGGAGCCUGGGGGUCAUCCUCUAUAUUCUGCUCAGUGGCAGCCCCCCCUUCACUGGUCAUUGUGGGACUGACUGUGGCUGGGACCGUGGAGAGACCUGCCGCACCUGCCAGAAGAAUCUGUUUGAGAACAUCCAGGAUGGCCAGUAUGAGUUCCCAGAGAGGGACUGGGCCCACAUCUCUGCCCAGGCCAAGGACCUCAUCUCCAGGCUGCUGGUGCGGGAUGCCACCCUCCGCCUCAGUGCUGCCCAGGUCCUGCAGCACUCCUGGGUGCAGGGGAAUGCACCAGAGAGAGGUCUCCCAACCCCACACUUCCUCCAAAGGAACAGCAGCACCAAAGACCUGACCCAGUUUGCCGCCGACGCCAUCGCCUUCAACCGCCAGCUGUCGCAGCAUGACGAGGAGCAGGAGGAAGUGGUCACCACCAUUGUGACCUCCAUGAGGCUCUCGCCCCCCUCCAACUCCCGGCUGGCUCGCAGACGGGCGCAGUCCAACGCUCAGCGCACCACCCGGGACUUCUUGCCUGCUGAUGACGACAACCUCGACACUCUUGUCACCUGACCAGCUCAUGGUUUAACCCCAGGAAGACCUCGUUUUGGUGCUACUGCAGGCUCGGAGUUCCCUCGCACCUGGUUUAUCCUUCUAAUAUAGUCGUGUGCUUCUAAGAUCUCUACAGGGACAGAUUCUCUGAUUUUAACAAUGUCAGCCUCAGAACUGCUGCCAGGCUCUGUGUGCCUUCCCUUCCCCUCUGUUCCCUCCAUCCUGGUGCUAGUCUCUCGUCCCCCCUGCUCCUCCUCUCUAUGUGGUGUUUACCAUGUCACACCAUCUGAGAUGGACGAUAACUGCCAUUGGCAGCAGACUCCUGUGUAGCUUCACAGGUUGGUAGCCUCAUUGUUCAAGCUCUCAUCAUGGCCAGUGGUUUUCUUAUCAUCUAGAAACAGAGAGACAGGAGCACAAAGGGAAGCACUUUUAUCCUCUACUAAGCUAACACACACUUAGUCCCAGCUUUGUGUCAGUUGCUGAGUCUGGUUUCAGUGAUUAGUUUGGGUUGAGGUAGUUUCCUGCAUUUGAUAAUAACCUCAGUCUAUACAGACCGCAAUCUCAUGUUAAGACGACAGAAAUAUAGUCACUAGAAUCGGUCUAAGCCUGUUCUAGUGAUUAUUUUUCUAUGGUUAAGACUGCUAGUGAUGGUUGCUUUAUGCUAGCUAUACUUAAUUGCACGGUUAUUUCCAUUAGGAAUGGAUUCUUGAUGAUGUCCGCAUGGGGCAUUUAAUACACAUACAGUACAUGUAGCUAGCCUGUCUUAUUGUAAAAAUACUUUUAAUUUUAAAAACCAUUUUAAUUUACGUUGUGUUGGUCAAGCUGUGAAAAGGUUUUGGCAUUAUUUAUAGAGUUACUGAAUGCUGCAAAAGUAGAGCAUUACUUUUCAGACACUUAGUAAUGCUGUUUUUAGGGCUGGUCAUACAUAGGCUGUGAGGAGGGUUUCAAAACUUUCCCAAAAUGUCCUGGUUUUCCCAGAAAUCCCAGUUGUAGGAUUUCUGGAACCAGCAGGGAAGAAGCAUCCAACCUCAAAUCUUUAAUGCAGGAUUUCUGACCUAACUGGGAAUUUUUGGAAUGUUUUGAGAAUUCUGCAACCCCCGAAUUCUGCAACCCAAUAAUGGCAAGGCAAGCAGACACAGUGACUAUGGCCUGGUAUUCAGGGAAUGGACUCUGUCCUUGAUUAUCCUAGUAAGCAUUCUGGGGCCCUAUUAUUGACAGAUGGGUCGAUAUUUACAGUAUGUUGACCUAGUGUUUGGCCUAGAACUUUUAAGACAUUGUGCCUGUGGAAGGUGGGUUACUGAAUGGUUUGAGAGUGCAUCAUUAAUUUGAAAAGCAUUUUGAAGAUGUGAAGCAUUUUAUUAUUUUAAUGACCCUGAAAUUCCAUUUCUUAUCUCCUUAUCGAAACAUCAGCUACCUGGAACACUUCUAUACUUUGAAAUAGCUCACUCGUCAUAUGUAUUUUGAAAUGAUUGCUUUUCAUCUGUAUUUUUAUUUCAAACAUAUUUGAAGUAUUGAUAAACUAUAAGGAUUACCUCAGAAACCAGAAUUGCACUAGCCUGGUUGCCAGUUUGUUUGUGUUAUGUUGUCACUCAAUGUCAUGCAAAACAUGACAUUACAAAGAGUUGACAUGAUGGCACAAACAGAUCUGGGGCCAAGCUAGAAUUUGUAUGAUGUCUUUGCACAUUUUUUCCAAAUGAUUACAGGACCAUUCUGCCAUUGCUUGCUUCAAAUGUGUUUAACUUAUUUUCACUCAUACCACUAAUAACCUGAAGCUUUCUUUUUACGUGAAUGAAUUACUGUUUUGGCUAUUCACACUUCACUGAAUAUUGUUAGAAUCCGUUUAAGUGAUUUACAAAUCUGGAAAUGUCUUUUUGUUUUUUAAUAUUGUGUUGUUUUUUUAAACAUCCAUAACUUUAUUUUUUAUAUAUUCUAUUUUCCAGAGGGGAUGCCAUGAUAAAGAUUCCUUUCUCCGGCGGAAAGGGAGUUAUAGUUUUAUAUCAGUUUUUUAGGUAAUGAUUUUAUUUGUGUAUUGUUGGUUGGUUUGUCAGCUAAUGGAUCUGAAUAAGUAUGCCAAAGAAACCAUAGAGACUGAUAGAAAUAACUUGUGAUGACUGUGAAUGCUAGCAUGUCACAUUCAGAUUUUUAAGAAUAAAUUGGUCAGACGGCCAUUUCAGCCUGUGUAACAUAUUUGUUAAAAUCCACCUAGUUACUGAAAUGCUCUUUGCUUACUGAAAUGCUCUUUGGUUACUGAAAUGAUUUGAUUUACCUCUACCAGUUUGACUGUUUCACCUCUGUAAGAGCUUGUCAUUUUAUUAAUGUGGGGACACUGAUGGAAGUCUGGCACUUAUUCCCCUCACCCUUUAACUUCAUGUAUUACACCCCCCCCAUGUAAAACGGCUUGUACCCAAUGCCUGGAUCUCCCCCGUUUGCCAUGGAUACUCCAUCACUAUAGCAACUAAGUGGCCUUCCUAAGUGGGCACGGACUCUCCGUCAGAGAGGGUGCAACACAUUAGGGAUCUCCCAGUGGCUAUGGUAAAGCCCUCUCACUCUCAUUAGGGCCUGAUGCAUGUGGCCACCUGUGUCUCAAAUGGCACCCUAUAGGCCCUGGUCAAAAGUAGGGCACUACAUAGGGAAUAGGGUGCCAUUUGGGACAUGUGCACUAAACUCAAAUCAGAUGGGAUAAGAUACAUUAAUUGGCAUAAGCUAUGCAGCUAAAUACCUUAUAACCCAUGUGUAUGAGGUCUUAUGGCAAAUGUUCUUACGAUGUUGCACAUCAAUAGCCCCUGUGGUAUGCUGUUUUCCCAAUAAAACCCAUUUCUUUCUUA